AUGACACUGGACCAUAGGAGCGCAUUUCGCGCCUCCGUUUUACUGGCUUGUGUGAUAAUCUGCAGUAACUUGCUAUGUCCCGUCGGUGCCUAUCUCUACAACAACCGCUACGCAGGUGAUCAAGUCUUCAGAAUAACUCCAAGUAAUGAUGAGGAGGUCCAAGUGCUCAAGGAAAUUCUGGCGCAUAUGAAGGUGGACUUAUGGCAGCCCAACAGUGUUUCUCUGAUCUCCCACAAUGCCACCGUGGAUGUCCACGUUAAACGCAACGACACACGAGGCCUACGUUCUCGCUUAAAGCAGGAACAUAUGGAUUAUCGAGUGUUUAUCUCCAAUCUGCAGAGGGAAAUUGAAAAGCAGACAGGAUAUCGCUCCUCUCGCAAGCGGAGGUCAGAGUCUCAGUAUGACUACGAGGUUUACCACUCUCUGGAAGAGAUCCAGAGCUGGAUGUUUGACAUGAACAGAACACACCCUGAGCUGGUUGAUAUGUUUUCCAUUGGGAAGUCAUAUGAGGGAAGGCCACUGUAUGUGCUUCAGCUAGGAAAGAGAAGUCGUCCCCAGAAGAAUGCUGUGUGGAUCGACUGCGGCAUCCAUGCCAGAGAGUGGAUCGGACCUGCCUUCUGCCAGUGGUUUGUCAAAGAGGCCAUCAACUCAUACCAGUAUGACUCUGUGAUGAGACGACUGCUCAACCAGCUCAACUUCUACAUCAUGCCUGUGUUCAAUGUGGAUGGAUAUCACUUCAGCUGGACCACGGAUCGGUUCUGGAGGAAAACACGGUCCAAAAACCACAAGUUCCACUGCCGGGGAGUGGACGCUAACAGAAACUGGAAGGUGAAAUGGUGUGAUGAGGGUGCCUCCUCUCAUCCCUGUGAUGACACCUACUGUGGUCCCUUCCCUGAGUCGGAACCUGAAGUCAAGGCUGUGGCCAAGUUCCUGCGCAAGCACAAGAAGCGUGUCAAAGCAUACAUAUCCAUCCACGCCUACGCCCAAAUGCUGCUUUACCCCUAUUCCUACAAGUAUGCCACUAUCCCCAACUUCAGCUGUGUGGAGUUAGCAGCUUACAAUGCAGUGACGGCCUUGUACUCUGCCUAUGGAGUAAGGUACAGAUAUGGACCCGCUUCCACAACUCUGUAUGUUAGCUCAGGCAGCUCUAUCGACUGGGCCUACAGGAACGGGAUCCCUUACGCCUUUGCGUUUGAGUUGAGGGACACAGGAUACUUUGGCUUUCUCCUGCCUGAGUCUCUGAUCAACCCGACUUGCACCGAGACCAUGAGGGCCGUGAAGGCCAUUGCAUCAGGUCUUCUGAAGAAGUGUGAGACACACAAGGACAGAUUUCCAUAUAUAUGA